CAAUGCAAGUACAUGCAUAGAGUAAAACUUGCAACAAAAACAGCUGUUUUAUAUUAAAAAAAGAAUUCAUCGAACAACUAAAUAAUACAUUAGAAAUAAUGAAGUAGCAAUAAUUCUGAUUUAUAUUAAUAUAAUGUUGUCGAGAAUAAUGGAAAAUCAAUUGAGAUUGAGAUUUAUUUAUGGGAAUAUCAUUUAAAAUGCAGAUAUUUAUUUUAAGUGAUGAUUAAAAUGAUUUUGCAGAGACAUUUCUGACAUGAAAUGAUGCAGUCUUAGUUCUAAUUUUCAUAAAUCUGAAAUCAUACAGCGAUAAAUCGAUCUUAAGCAUGGAUGUGGUGACUACUAGCUUAGAGGCUUUGAUACAAAGGAUUACAAAUCCACAAAAUCAGAAGCCAGACAUAGCGGCCAUUGAAGCAUUCUGUGUGAUGCUGACUAAAGAAACAGAGGGUAUACAAAUAGGUAUUAAGUUAUUGGUGACACAAAUUCAAUCGCUUAAUGAAUCAGAAGCAUUACAAGCACUUUCGUUACUAGAUACUUGUAUGAAGAGAUGUGGCCCAUUAUUUCAUGCGGAAAUUGGUAAAUUCCGUUUCCUCAAUGAGAUGAUAAAAUUGGUCUCACCGAAAUAUUUAGGUAAUCGCACUACAGCAAACGUACGGCAAAAAGUUCUGCAACUUCUUUAUGCAUGGAUCACAGAAUAUCCACGCGAAUCAAAAAUUAAAGAAGCUUACGAGAUGCUGAAGAAACAAGGAGUCAUUGAGGAAGAUGCAGCAUUUAUAAUGACAAAUAACGAAGAAAGACAAAAAUCAUCUAAGAUGAAAAAUAAUAUAUUCGAAAAUGAAGAGAUGUCAAGACAUUUGCGUAGAUUGCUUCAUAGUAAAGAUCCUUCCGAUCUGCAAACUGCAAACCGACUGAUCAAGUUUAUGGUAAAAGAGGAUGAGGAAAGAUUGCAGUUAAACUCUCAAAGAGGUAUGGAAUUAGAAUCAGUGCAAAACAAUGUAAUGUUGUUAUCAGAAAUGUUAGAUUCAUAUAAUCAGAAUGAAACAAGUGCAGAAGACCUCGAGCUAAUGAAAGAGCUGUAUCAAGCAUGCGAACGAUUGAAACCUAUUCUGUUAAGACUUGCCAGUGAAACUCAAGGCAACAUCGAAAUGCUUGGUAUUUGUUACAUCUAAAUAUAAUUAAGGCAUUAAUUAGAUCUUCUAUAAUUGUCUUCUAGAAAAUUAUAUUCAUGUUUAGAACAUAAUUA